AUGUCUUCUAUUUCUACCCAUAUUCGUCGUCCCCUACCCACUCCGCCGCCAACUCAGGCGCGCAACGCCAAAACCUUCAGUGUCCCCCCUUUGGGAUCGCUGACUAUGCCCGAGGUCUAUGACUGGCACCUGAAGCACUCCCCGAAUCAUCCUCUUUACUCGUACAUCGAAGUUGAUGGCUCGACUCGGACCAUAACAUGGGCCGAGGCCGUGCGCGCUGUCCAACGUACUGCACGAAUGAUGCGAAAAGAGCUGGGUUUCCUUCCUGAUGGAGUGCCCGAAUUGAAAGCGGGAAAACCUGUGGUUGGUAUUUUGACUGCCUUAGACUCCGUCACGUAUUCUACGCUCAUCGCUAGCAUCCAAUACGCAGGCUUCACCCCCUUCCCGAUUUCGCCUCGCAACUCUUCUGCAGCAAUCGCUCACCUUGUGGCCAAGGCGUCCGUCGCUCAUCUCAUCGUCGAAGAUGCCUGUCGUGAUUCAGCUGAAGACGCGUUGACGUUAUUGAAAUCUAAUUCCGCCUCUGUUCCGACAACGUCUGCAGCACCUGUCUUUGAGGAUCUUUACCUGCCUUCCAGCGUUACACAGGAGGUCAACAUUGCGCUCGAGAAGCCUGCCUGGGGGUCCAACGGCAUCAUAAUUCACUCUUCUGGAUCCACCGCGUUUCCCAAACCAAUCAUGUGGACACACGAGCGUGUCAUUCAGCUGUCGACUAUCCCGUGGUAUGGCGAGCGGGACUUGUGCGGCAAACGCAUAGCUUGUCAUUCAAUGCCUAUGUAUCAUGCAAUGGGAUACCUACUUACAAUAUGGGCGGCAUCUUCCGGCAUCGUGAUGACAGUGUUCCGACCUCAAUCCCCGGCACAGAAACCCACCGUUGAAGACGCAUUUGCAGCCAGCUUGGAGUCUCGCAGCGACAUUAUCUUCACCGUUCCAAGCUUCGUAGAGGCAUGGUCUAAGAACCCGGCCUAUGUCAAGAAGUUGGUCGAUAUUGACGGCGUUAUGUUCGGCGGUGGACCUCUCAACAAGGAAGUCGGCGAUUUUUUGGUUUCUCAGAAUGUGACCUUGUUCAACUUAUACGGAAGGUGGGCAGUCGUUUUAUCUCUUCCUUCGGGCUUCAACCCCGAAUGGGAUUAUAUCAGGAUAUCUGCUUUCGCCAACGUCGUUUUUGUCCCAAGGGAGGAGAGUAAAUCAGAGCUCGUCGUCGUGCCGAGUGACGCGAACAUGCCGAGCGUCUUCAAUCAUGAGUAUGAAGGAGUUCCAGCGUAUGCCACUUCCGAUCUUUUUGAGCCUCAUCCAACGAAACCUGGAUACUGGAAAAUUUACGGUCGUACAGACGAUCAGAUCAUGCAUAGCACUGGAGAAAAAACCAAUCCUGGUCCACUAGAGGCGAUAUUUAACCAUGAUUCUCACGUUCGAGCUUCCCUGAUGUUCGGUCGCGGACAAUUUCAAGCUGGAAUACUCGUUGAUCCGAUGCCUGAAUAUCGUUUCAACCCCACAGAUAACCAGAAGCUGGCUGAGUUUAGGAAUGUGAUAUGGCCUUCAAUAGAGAAAAUGAAUGCAUUCGCACCUCAGCACUCUCGAGUUUUCAAGGAGAUGAUUAUCGUAUCUUCUGCUUCCAAACCGUUCACUUUCACGGCUAAGAACAGCGUUAGGCGUCAAGCCAUCAUUCGGGAAUAUGACGAGGAGAUCAAGGCGCUCUAUACCGCCGUUGACGAAACCGGGAGAGCUGAUGUCCCUUCUCCGAUCGUAUGGGAUUUUUCAGGGUCCUUGGUCUUUGUACGUGCCGUCGUUCAUAAGGUGAUGAAGAAAGAAAUCUCGGACGAGGGGGAUCUCUUCCAACAUGGAUGCGAUAGUCUGCAAGCAACAUGGAUCCGAAACACAAUCCUACGUAGUCUCAAAGAUUCUGGCCGUGUGAAUACGCGGGAUAUCGCCAGCAGCUUUGUCUACCAGCAUCCCCACAUCGCUAGCCUUGCGUCAUUUGUUUCCUCUGUCGCUUCGGGACAAAAAGACGGCAACUCAGGCACGGACAAGGCCCAAGAAAUGAGGAAAAUGGUUGAAAAAUACUCGAAGAACUUCUCGACGCACGUUUCCUCUGCCCCUCUACCGACAAAUGACACGAUACUUCUGACGGGCACUACGGGGGCUCUGGGAUCAAACAUUCUAGCGCAACUAGUCGCUUCUCCCCUUGUGACCCGUAUCUACGCUUUCAAUAGGGCAUCCAGUGGUACCACUCCACUUCUCGAAAGGCAAAAGACGGCUUUUCGAGAACGAGGCUUAGACCUCUCACUUGUAAUCUCGAAGAAAGUCGUGCUCGUUGAAGGGAACGCGUCUGAGGAAGGGCUGGGUAUCCCUGCAGAGUUGUAUUCUGAGAUUCGUUCAUCGGUCACACACAUUAUACACAAUGCCUGGCCUGUCAACUUCAACUUGUCCUUGGAGUCGUUCGAAUCUCAAAUCAGAGGUCUUCGCCACCUUAUUGACCUUUCUCUAUCCUCUCCUCUACCGUCGCCUGCGCGUGUGCUGUUUACAGCCUCUAUCGGCAUCCUGAUCUUAUUCAAAUCAACAACAGAUAUCACUUCACGGCUCGAACCGAUCAAGGAGGUCCCUAUCGAUGCUAGUGUGGCGGUCAGCAAUGGCUAUGGGGAGUCCAAGUGGGUUGGAGAGAUGAUCCUAGCUGAGGCUUCGAGGCAGACCACACUACGCGCAACCAGCAUCCGCGUAGGACAGUUGAGCGGAGGAGUCAACGGAGCAUGGACGACAGCGGAGUGGCUCCCGUCCCUCAUCCGAUCUGCUGUUCACCUAAAGGCCUUGCCAGAUUGCGAAGGGGAUAUCUCAUGGAUUCCCGUGCACACUGCUGCUACUGCCAUCGUUGACUUCUGCCACUCGGAAUACAGCCUCGUAAACCUUGUCCAUCCCCGCCCCGCCACGUGGUCUACAAUCUCCUCCUCCUUUGCCUCCGUGCUUGAUAUUCCCGUCGUCCCACACUCGGAAUGGCUAGCACGCCUUGACCAGAGCGCCGAAGAUGCAGGUGGAGCAUCCGAUGUCGACAACCUUCGACGCAACCCUGGGUUGCGGCUCCUCGAUUGGUACCACUCCGCAUUCGCUCACGACAAUGAUGGUCCUUGCACGGAUGCAAUGGGCUUCCCGAAGUUUGAUUUGACCAAUGCCUUGGCCGCAUCUCGGGCGCUGGCUGAUGCCGGAUUGCCCAGACUCGACAUCGGAGAUGUCAAAUUGUGGGUUGAGUACUGGAAGAGUAUUGGUUUCCUUCCUUAG